GGGCGAGCGAGAGGAGUCCGUUAGAGCCGUUUGUUCCUCCCUCGGUCGUUUUUCGGAGGCUCGGCGGCCGCUCGGGAAGCCCUCUCGGCGCCUUCGGGAGGAGUCCCAGUCCCCCGCGAUCCCCCUCAGUCCUCGCGACGCCCCUAGACCGAAUCCAUGGCGGCCAUUAGGAAAAAGCUAGUAAUUGUAGGUGAUGGUGCCUGUGGUAAAACAUGUCUCCUCAUAGUAUUCUCCAAAGACCAGUUCCCUGAGGUCUACGUGCCCACAGUAUUUGAGAAUUAUGUAGCAGAUAUUGAAGUUGACGGAAAACAGGUGGAACUAGCGUUAUGGGACACAGCAGGUCAGGAGGACUACGACAGAUUGAGGCCUCUGUCCUACCCCGACACAGAUGUCAUACUCAUGUGUUUCUCUAUUGACUCUCCGGACUCGUUAGAAAAUAUUCCAGAAAAAUGGACGCCCGAAGUUAAACACUUCUGUCCAAAUGUUCCUAUUAUCCUUGUUGGAAACAAAAAGGAUCUAAGGAAUGACGCUCCAACUAUUAAAGAACUAUUGAAAAUGAAGCAGGAGCCGGUAAAGCCUGAAGAGGGUCGUAACAUGGCCGAGAAGAUAAAUGCAUUUGCUUAUCUGGAGUGCUCUGCCAAGACCAAGGAGGGUGUGCGGGAAGUUUUCGAGACGGCAACAAGGGCUGCCUUAGCUGUCAAGAAGAAGAAGAAGCCUAAGUGUACCCUUUUGUAAAGAGUGAUGUUAUUGAGAUGAGAAUGGGAUGAACAAUGCAGUCUGCCCGAGUGCUACCAGGAGGCCAAUAAUCAUACUGGCUCCUUUCCCUUCACCUCCAAGAUUUUUGCUGUAUCUGUUAAUCCUGGGGCCCAUUGUUACCAGAUGAAGUGUAAACUUUUAAGUUCCCAGCUCUUUGAAAGGAAAGUGUUUAUGUAGUUUGCCUCCACUUCACCAUUAUGAGUGAAUAUACUAUAGUUACAUGUGGGCUAUACAUACUAAUAGAAUAUGUGGUGGAGGGGAAGUGGAGUGAGGUAACGGGGAUCAUAACUGCAGACAGGAAUUUCUUUAUGCCAGUGAUGCUAGAGCCCAGCAUAAUGUUUCUUAGUAUUGACUGGGGAGAUGAUUUUGUCCAACUUCCGACGAAGUUGUAGUUCUAGAUAAGUUGAAUAUGGAUUUAUGCUAUGUCAUUUAACCUUGUAGCUCUAUUCUGGAAAGAAAAUCCUUUUGUUUUUACAUAUGUAUCAAAGAGGAAGAGAGGGAAUUGACUAUUUUUAUGUUAAAGUCUGCAUUGUUAGAUUGUUACAAUGUCAGGUGCCCCUUCCUGGGAAUAUUUAUAUUUCAGAGGUGGCUUUAAAGCCAGGAUGUUCUUGCUUUUAAGACUAGUAGAUGUUGCCAUGAGCAGAUAUAGUAUAUAUUCUUUAUUCAAAGUAAAGCAUUUGUAUGAUGUAAUGGCUCUGGUUUUGGGCAGGGGCCAGCAAACCUUGACUGCGUUGGACUAAUAAAAUCAUGUCCGAAGGAUAAUACUUUUCAUUGCUAUUGUAUAAUUAUUAUUAUUUGUUAAUAUUAUAAGUUGUUCUUGUAUUCCUAUGUUCCAAUACGUUCAUGUUUUAUUUGCUGUAGUCAAAAAAUCCUAUCUGAAUUAUUGCAAUUAUUAGUUUGACACAUGCCUUUUUCUCUGUCUAUCUUUUCAUGACUGCAUUACUGAACAUUUUGCUGACUGUACUGUGACCGUGACCAAAUGCCAGUUGUUUUAUGGUUCAUUUGGUAACUAGACUGUUGUAUCUGCAAGUCACAUGGAGUGCAGCAUUUAGACCAGACAACUGCGCAGUUCAUCUAGCAAGAAAGCAAACCACCUUUUUGUCACAUGUAGUUAGAUUUUCUACUUGAAUUUAUUUUAAAUUAAACAAACUGCUUUCUGUCCGAACAUCUUCCAGUAAAAUGUCAGUUAUUGACCAUUAUUAGAUAAAGUAAACCACUCUCCAAGUCAUAGCAACUUCAGUGUUUCAUAUUCUAAGUGUGAUUUUUUAUAUUGAUUUGUAUGUAUGUACGUACAACCGCUUGAUACAAGUUCUUUAGGAACUUGGAGCUUGAGAGUAUGUACCAGCUCUGAGAGGAACUCUGCUUGGGGGAGUGUCUUCAAGCCACUGAGAAUCCUUGUAAAUCUUUAUCUUUUAUUUGACGACCCUGAAUCAAGCAUUUAAAAAUUAGGAUGUCAUAAUUAUAUAUAAAUGUAAAUUUCCAUGUACUAGUUUGUUUUUUUCUUUCUUUUUUUGUCAAUAUAUCUUUUUAAAUACAUGUAUAUUUUUUUCAUUUUACCAAGUGCAUGUACAGGUAUAGUCUUUUGAUUCCCCCCUCCCCCCCCUUACCCCCCUGAAGGUUGCUUGUUUCUCAAUUGGGAGAAUAUAUAGGAACUUGAAUGGUCACCUUUCUCAGUGGCUUCCAGAAGCUCAACCGUAUAUUGCAAAGUGUUAGCUGAACUGCUUUUCAUGUGUAUUUGAGCUAAAGUAUCUUUAAAAAAGGACUGUAAGUUUUUUGUGGAAUAGCUCGUACAUUAAACGUACAGCAUUGCACAUCAUGUUCAGUUUACCCUUUUGUAAUAAAUAUGUAUCCUUUUA